GAGAACUUAUAGGAUCGAUUGUUCGAGAGGUCCAACUUAAGCUGAAGGUGAAGAAUAGAUCUCUUCCUGACCAUCUAGUUAAAGUGGACGAUGAAGAAGCCAUAGAGGAAUUGUUGGAUGUUGACUCUGAUGGCGUACGAUUCGUCAUAAUCCAUGGUACGGGUGGUAUUGGUAAAUCAACUCUGGCUAAGGUUAUCUUCAACAAAUUCUUGUCUAAAUUCGGUUGCUCCAGUUUCCUUGAAGAUGUCCAAAGUCAUCAUCUUUUAGACAUGCAAAAGAAACUGUUAUCCGACACAAUAGGCGCGACCUCUACUGACGGAAUCCAUGACACUAACGAUGGGAUCAAUCGCAUAAGAAAAGGACUUAGCGAGAAAAAGGUUAUGGUUGUUGUCGAUAAUGUGAACGACAAGGAGCAACUCGAGAACCUCGCAAGGAGCUACAAAUGGUUCGGUUCCGGAAGCAGGAUCAUCAUCACAGUCAGGGACAAAAGGACAAUACCAUAUAGGACGAUGCUAGAUGAGGAGAACCAAACGCGACCUAGCUAUUACAUGGACUACCCAGUAAAGGAGAUGCCUUUGGAUCAAGCGAUUUUGCUAUUCAGCAAGCAUGCCUUCAGAAGCGAUACUCCUCCAAAAGAUUGGCACAAUUUCUCGAAAGUAGUCGUUUUAAGCAUAGGGAGGCUUCCUUUGACUCUUGAAGUCGUGGGUUCUCUUUUCGCCAACACAGACAGAUCGAAGUGGCACGAGACAUUGAAGGACUUAAAGCAAGUCCCGCAUGAGGAAGUCCGAGACACACUGAUGAUAAGUUUCAACAAAUUGGAUCCCAGAAAAAAAGCAAUAUUCCUAGAUAUUGCAUGUUUUUGCAUCGGGGAGGAUAAGACGCAUGCGUAUUACAUGUGGGAUGAUUGUGGAUAUUCUCCACGUAGCGCAAUUGAUGAUCUUCUCCUCAUGUCGUUGAUAAAGAUUGAUGAGCACAAUAAGUUCUGGAUGCAUGAUGAAAUUCGAGAUCUAGGAAGAUACCUUGUCAAGGAAGAGAAUUUUGAAGAUGCUGGAAAGCGCCGUUGGGUGUGGAUUGACAAGAACACUUUAGACGUGCUGAGGAGCAACAAGGAAAACCCAGAUGUACGAGCACUCAGUCUGGGUAUUAGUCAUGACUUUACACCUGAAGAAUUAGCUCGUUUUCCAAACUUGAGGUUCCUUGGAGGGGAAAGAAUGAAUUUCGUGGGCAACUUCGAAAAUCUUCUUCCCAAUCUAAGAUGGCUUUCUUGGCGUUAUUGCCCACAGAAUAUUAGAGCGACGAAUCUUCGACCGGUGAAUUUGGUAGUGCUUAACCUUUCGCGGAGCGAAAUCACCCACAAAUGGGGUGGAUGGAGGCAAAUCAAGAUGGCGAAAAAGUUGAAAGUUCUAAAUUUGGAAAAUUGCUUUAUGUUAACCGAGACACCUGAUUUUUCCGAGUUUGGCAAGUUGGAGAAAUUGAUUCUCGCUCGGUGUAUUGGUUUGUCUACAAUUGAUAGUUCAAUUGGUAAGCUAAAACUGCUAAGUGCUUUGAAUUUCGAGGGAUGUAGCUCCCUUCAAGGGUUGCCCAAAGAAAUCGGUUCCCUAAAAUGCUUGUCAGAGAUUUUCCUUUGCUCAACAACGGAACAUUUUAAAUUUCCUGAGACACUAGGCAAUCUAAAAUCUUUGACCAAGUUUGAAAUUUUUCGAUGUCCGGGUAUCAGCCAACUUCCUCGGUCUAUUGGAAAGUUAACGAAUCUCACGCAUUUGAUUUUGCGUGAAUGCGAAACUUUGCAUAAGCUUCCGGACUCUCUUGGGGAAUUAGAAUCAUUGGUCGAGUUGGAUAUACAAGGGUCAUCUAUCUUCACUCUUCCUGAUUCCAUUGGAAAUCUGAAGAGACUAAAAGUCAUUAGGGUGGCAAGUUCAAGGAUACAUAUGAUACCUUGUGCUCUUGGACAGGUGGAGACGCUCGAAGUGCUCGAUGCCUCGUAUUGUCAGCAUAUCAUGAAUGAAAUCCCGUGGGAAAUGUGGAGCCUGACUCGUCUGAGGACCUUGGACUUAUGUAUGAUCCCAAUCUCUACACUGCCGCCAAAAAUAAGUGGUUUCUCUAGUCUCCAAACACUUAAAUUUGAAAUUGCAAGGGGCCGGUUUUGCCCAUUGCCGGAGCUUCCCUCGAGUUUGAAAUUCCUUGAGGUGGUGGGCGUUGAUAAUUUCAAUGUUCUUCCCGACCUCUCGAGCCUAGUCCACUUGGAUCAUCUCCACUUGUGUGGGCCAUUUACUGCACUUUGGAGCGAGAACGAGAACGAGGUCAUGCUGUCCAUCCAUCAGCUUCCGCGUGGCUUAUCAACCUUGAAACUUCACUAUAUCCCGCAAUUGCCAGAUUUUUUCGACUUCAAAAACUUGUCGAUUCUCACCAUCAGCGGAUGUCCGAUGCCACACUUCCCCGUCCUUAAAUCCUUGGAGAGGUUAAGGAAAUUGGAGAUAACUCACUGCAAAUUCCUAGAGAAGACACCCGAUCUUUCGGGCUUGAAGAAGCUAGAAAAGCUACAGCUCUGCCUGGAGAUCGAACAAUUACCUAACCUCUCGAAGUUGAAGAAUCUACGUUAUCUCAUGCUAUGGGAUAGUUCUAAGAUUAGAGCCGUGGAAGGCUUGGAAGAAUUGAUUUCUUUGAAGAAUGCGGAGAUCGAAGGAUGCAAGUCCCUAGAAAGGUUGCCUGAUUUGUCGGCAAUCACCAAGUUGAAGACAGAUUGGAAGCCGCCAAAAUUUGCAGAAGACACCAUUCAGUCUAAUAUGCCUGAACGACCCCCCACCAUUCCGAGGAUCGAGGUGCACGAGCUGAGGCAGAAGUCGAAGGCCGAUCUGCUGAGCCAGUUGAAGGACCUCAAGGCCGAGCUCUCCAAGAUGUGCGUCGCCUUUUGGGUAGAUGGUAAUGUCACACUAACAACACUAAUUGACUUGGAAAAGGCAGUGAAGGGGGACUAG